GAAUUAGGUGGUUGCUGAUGCGGUGCCCGUCCUGGCCGCUGUCCUUUUUUAGUGUGGAAUUGUGAAUUGGCGAUUGAAUGAGUGCAUCUCAAGACGACAGAUUGUGCUCUUCAGCUGAGCGCGGCCAGUCUGUUCCCUCCUGGCUCGCAAGAUCCUGCUGUAAAGAUCCCCCUGCCUAGGCUGCACGCUAGACCAGACUACCGAGACGGGGCUAAGUCGCCUGCGUCGUAGUGCCGUGGCCGUCACCCUGCUGCGACCUUGGCUAGGGGAACGAUGCUCCAGAGGCAAGGACACCUCCACAGAUCCCCUCUCCACCGCAACCCUCGCACUAGCCAUAAAAACCAUGCCCUCGCGCUCGGCGCCGACUCAGGGACGCAACCCCAGGCCACCAAACAGCCAACCACCACCGCCAGACCGCCUGCCCACCACGACGGCGCCGCCACCAGACCCGGCCGCCCCGACCACCUCCCUCGAUAGCCUCUCGACCUCCUCGUCCGCCCAGCCCACGCCCACGAGGUCCUCCGGCUUCUCCUCCCCCCGAGCCUCACCGUCGCCCCCUGCCGCCGCCGUCGACCUGCUCUCGCCCGAAGCGCCCGCCUCCGUACCACCGUCGUCAUCCCUGCGCCCGGGCGGCGCCUCCUCCGCCCCCUCUGGAUCCCGCGUGCCCGAGUCGCCCGAGUCCGCCAUCGAGAUGGAGCCAUUGACCCCGGCGGCGAGCCACCACCGGCGCCGGAGCAGCCUCAUGAACCCUCCCAACGCCGCCUCCAACCCGCCGGGGAAGCGCGGUGCCAGGGCUGCCGCCGGCGGUAGCGGGGCUGGCGGCACCGGUAGCGGCGGCGCUGCUGGCGGUGGUGGUGGCGGUGGUGGCGGCGGCAGUGUUGUCGUUGUUGGGGGCGGCAGCGGCGGGGCCGGCACUCCGACAGACGCCAGGACGACGAUGGCGGGAGGGCGAGCCAGCAAGCGGGCCGGCGGGCCCCCGGACUCGGACAGCGACGACAUCUCGGACGAGGACCUGCACGGCGACGAGGAGACGGGGCUGACGAAGAGCCACCGGCUGCGCAAGCUCGAGAAGAGGAGAAGAAACACGCGCCUGGACCAGAGGAUAGCCAGGGACGGCGGCGGAGUCACGGAGCAGGAGAAGCGGGAGGCUGACAAGACGGUGGUCCGCCGCCUGCUCGUCAACCUGUCGCUGAUUGGGAUGUGGUACAUAUUUUCGCUCAGCAUAUCCAUCUACAACAAGUGGAUGUUUGACUCCAAACAGCUAGACUUCCCGUUCCCCAUGUUCACCACGUCGAUCCACAUGCUGAUACAGUUUGGGCUCUCGUCGGCUGUGCUGUACUUUAUACCGUCGCUGCGUCCCAGGAGUGGCCGCAAGCUGGAACGUGGCCAGGCCAGGCACGAUGCCGGCCCGGAGCGGCCCCUGAUGACCAAAUGGUUCUACUUUACCAGGAUAGGGCCUUGUGGUGCCGCGACGGGGCUUGAUAUUGGGCUCGGCAACACCUCGCUGAAGCUGAUCACACUGACUUUUUACACCAUGUGCAAGUCAUCCGUCCUCGCCUUCGUGCUCCUGUUCGCCUUCCUCUUCCGGCUCGAGACGCCGACGUGGCGCCUGUUCGCUAUCAUCGGCACCAUGACCAUGGGCGUCGUCAUGAUGGUGGCGGGCGAGGUCGAGUUCAAGCUCAGCGGCUUCCUCCUCGUCAUCUCGGCCGCCUUCUUCUCGGGCUUCCGCUGGGGCCUAACGCAGAUUUUGUUGCUGCGCAACCCGGCCACGUCCAACCCCUUCUCGAGCAUCUUCUUCCUCGCCCCCGUCAUGUUCGUCACCCUCUUCUCCAUCGCCAUCUUCGUCGAGGGCGUGCCCGAGCUCUGGCAGGGCAUGAAUGCGCUCGCCGAGGCCAGGGGCGCCCUGGCCGCGCCCUUGAUCGUGCUCUUCCCGGGCGUCAUCGCCUUCUUCAUGACCGUGUCCGAGUUCGCGCUGCUGCAGCGCACGUCGGUCGUGACGCUGUCCAUCGCGGGCAUCUUCAAGGAGGUCGUCACCAUCCUGGCCGCCACCUUGGUCUUUGGCGACAAGCUGACGCCCGUCAACUUUGCCGGCCUCGUCGUCACCAUGGCCGCCAUCUGCUGCUACAACUACCUCAAGAUCACAAAGAUGCGCGCCGAGGCUCUGGCCUCCACCCACGACGCCGCCGCCGCCGCCGCCGCCCAUCGCGAUGGGGGGAGCAGCGGCGGCGGCGGUAGUAGCAGCAGCGAGGCCGAGCUUGAUGGCGACACCGAGGACGCCGCGCUCCUGAGGAGGCUCAGCGCCGACGGCCCGCCGAGGACGCCGCUGUGGACCACCGACGGGGACAUGCUUUCGAACCUGGAGCAGCCGCUUUCGGUCGCCGCUGGGACUUCGCCGCGGCCUCGCCAAAGAGAGGAUUGAGACUCACCCGCAGUCGCUCAUUUUUUUUUUUUGUUCCGACACGCAUUUCCUCUCUCUCGCCCACGUCUUUUUAGCUCUCGAUUCAUAUCCGUUUCUUCAUGUACUUGACAUGUGUACUUUUGUCCGUUUCUCUCUUUCUUUGUCGUUUCUUUUCUCCCUCAUACAUGCGUCGGCCGUUAGCUUGUUCACGGUACCCAUGUGCGAGUGCUUUUAUGCCGCAUUUACAUAGGCAGGCGUGCGCCCACUGCCGACUCGCUCCCCGCUGUUACAUCACAGGAUUGAAGUCGACUGAGCACGGCACGGAAACCAAAACGGGGAAUACAGUCGGGGAGUUUGGCCCGUCAUCCCAUCCCCUGCGCGCAUGCAGUAGGGAUUUCUGCGUUUCCUGUUUCUGCGUUGGCAUAGGCGCAAGGGGCCCCUUCUCUGGUGGUCUUUUUCGAUCUGGUUCUUGCUUGCGGAUGGGUGGGUUGGUGGUACAAGACUAGAUGGAAGAGUCAUUUGAUUUGCACGAUAUAUACUACCCAGGUACCACUUGGGCGCAGACAGAUACCCUGGGCGAAUUUCUCUUGUUCCAUAACCACCAUCGCCUCGUCGAACUCGCUUCCUAGACGUAACGGAUGCUGAUCUCGACAUAGUCGAAACGGUCAUAGCCGGCCAG